GGAAAAUGGGUGAUCGAUCCGACUCGGAAACCCAUGUACGACGAGAGGUGCCCCUUCCACCGGAACGCAUGGAAUUGCCUCCGAAACCAGAGACAGAACAUGGCUCGAAUCAAUUCCUGGAAGUGGGUGCCUGAAGGUUGUGAUUUGCCUCGGAUUGACCCCGCUGGUUUCUUGAGUAGGAUGAGGAAUCGGAACAUAGGAUUUGUAGGGGACUCGUUGAACGAGAAUUUCUUGGUUUCUUUUCUAUGCAUAUUGAGAGUAGGUGAUGAGGGUGCCAGGAAGUGGAAGAGGAAAGGGGCUUGGAGAGGGGCAUAUUUCCCCAAAUUUAAUGUCACCAUCGGAUACCACCGCGCUGUAUUGCUGGCAAAAUAUGGUUGGAAGGUGAAGGGGGUUGCUUCUUUUACUGAAGAUGGAAGGAAGAAGGGAGCUCAUAGAGUAGAUGUUGAUAUUCCUGCAGAUGAUUGGGCACACAUUUCUGGUUUUUAUGAUGUGCUUGUGUUUAACACUGGCCACUGGUGGGGCUAUGACAAAUUUCCAAAAGAGGCCCCUCUUGCAUUUUACAAGGCAGGUCAGCCCAUACAUCCUCCCUUGGAAUUGUUUGAUGGGUUUAAGGUUGUUCUAGAGAACAUGGUUGCUUAUAUAGAACAACAUUUCCCAAAGCAACUUAAGUUUUGGCGUUUGCAAUCUCCAAGGCAUUUCCAUGGAGGCGAUUGGAAUCAAAACGGCAGUUGUAUGUUCAGUGAGCCACUUGACCAAUCUCAGCUGGACUUUUGGUUUGAUCCCAGAAAUGAGGGAGUGAACAAGGACGCCAGAGAGUUUAAUGGUGUUAUUAAGGAGGCAAUAGAAAGAGGGUCAACAAGUAUAAGAAUACUUGAUGUGACACCCUUGAGUGAGUUCCGGGCAGACGCACAUCCCGCGAUUUGGUUGGGAAAGAAGGACGCGGUGGCUGUUUGGGGUCAAGACUGUAUGCACUGGUGCCUACCUGGUCUUCCUGACACGUGGGUUGAUAUAUUGGCACAUCAAAUUCUUUCAUCAUUGAAGAGCAUGGAGACUGGUUGAUGAUUGCCCAAUCCAAACAAGGUUGCUGUUUCAAAGGUGGUAGAAGACUCGUUUGAAGAAACCUGUCAUUUCUUCUACUAUUUCAGUGUUUUUCUGUUAUCACUUUGUGUGCGUUAGGAACCUAGAUAAUGCCAGUGGAAAGAAAACGAGGAGGAAGAUGAAGAGGAAGUUUGGAACCACGAGGAAGUUGGGAAAAGAUGAAACAAUUGGUUUACAUUUAUUAUAGUAUACCACGAGUCUUGAAGUUAAGAACCAGGUAGGCAAUUUUAAUGUGACAUUUCCGUCUUCCUUCAAGAGAACAUUUGUCUUUGUGUAACUAAUAACACGGUAGUCGGUAGAGUAUUCUUUUCUUAUCAUUUUAUAUCUUUUAAUUAUAUUUUUAGUAUUACUAAAAAUCUAAAAUAUACAUGAAGGUUUAUCGUACAACAUGCUAUGAAAUGAGAUUUGAGAACACGUUAUUUGUUAUGUAAUGAAUACAAACGUGCUAAUAUUCUUGUCACAUGAAUGUUUUGU